CAAAAGCCUAUGUUCGUCGUCUUCGUCAAGAAAUUGCUUUACAUCAUUCCAAAGGGUUUUAAAAUCCUCUGGUUUUUGUAAUCUUCCAAUCUGAGCAUCUGUGAGAACCAAUGUCCAGCCCCACCACCGGAUUGAUGUCCCGCUUCACGGAAGCGAGUCAAUCAGUGCUCGCCACGCGUCGGCCGUGGGGUGAUCUCUUGGACCCAACCGCACUGAGCAUCCCUUCCAGUCUCUCCGACGCCACGACCCGACUCGCCCAGAACCUGACCCAUUUCCGCUUCAACUACACUCUGGUCCUCCUGCUCGCUCUCUUCCUCAGCCUCAUCUUCCACCCAAUCUCCAUGAUCGUCUUCUUGCUCGUCUUCGUUGCCUGGCUUUUCCUCUACUUUUCCCGCGACUACCCUCUCAUUCUGCUCGGUUUCGCCAUCGACGACCGUGUCGUCGUGGUAGGGCUCGGGGUGGUCACUGUCGCGGCUCUUUUGCUGACGGGAGUGUGGGUCAACGUCGUCGUCUCGAUUGCGAUUGGGGUCGCGUUGGUUUGCUUGCAUGCGGUGUUGAGGGGCACUGAGGAUCUUGUAAUGGAGGACCGAGAAUCGCCUUACGGGGCUCUUCUAUCGGAUGAUCCUCAGGGUAAUUAUACCAUUAUAUAACACGGCGGCGGUUCUGUGAUAUGUCCAAGGUUUAAGGAGGUGCCUGAUUUCCGGAGGUCUUGGGAUUGGUUCUGUAUUAGCAUCUUGAUGUCCUUGUCUUCUGAAGUCAAAUAGUGGUCCGCUCCAUUGCAACUGUAGUUUCAAUUUAAUGGCUUUUCAAAUUAUGUUUCUAUGCCCUGCAACAAAAUCCACCAUUGUUUUUCUCAUGGCAAAAUAUGGAGCUAUCCAGGGGCGUAAAAUUAGAAAAGAUUACAUUUCGUACUACGCUUGGAGGGGCUUCCCUUUACUUUCUGUUCAAAUGGGCUUAUUCUAUUUGUACAGGUGACAAAAAAUUCCCUUGUAAAGUGUAAAGAUUGACUGCUAAUUUUUUGUAACAAUGAUUUCUCUGCUUUUGAAUGUGGUUUCUGAUUUUAUA